AUGGACCCACUCGAUAUCGGCAACAGCCAGCCUCGCGAGGGUUGGAACCGCCUCAACGCAUUCUCCAACGACGGAGUUUCGCCCACAUCCAACUCCUACGAUCAUGAUGAACUCCCCCCAUCCCCCACCUCCCGAACAGCAUUCACAGGCAUCGAUCCGGACUACGAGUUUGCACCGAAAUGGGAACCCGGCCACGGCAACAACAACUCGUCAAUCGAUGACCCUCUCUACUCCACCCUCGAUCCUCACGCUCGAGCAAAUGCAUCUCUGACCCGCUCAGCUCCAGGACCUCCUCCACCAGGGCAACGGCCUCCCCCAGAGCGACCCACUGUCAUCACACCAGUAGGAACGCACACACCCUCAGCUGGUGGGUCGCGUGCUGUCACUCCGAUCAGCACCAACGUCGACAGACGCCCCUCCUAUGCCUCUCAGGGUACCACCGGCUCCACUGGUUCCAAAAAGAGUAUCCCGCAAAAGGUCAUGGAUCUGUUUGUGUCUGACGACACCAGCGCUGAUUCCGAUGGUCAGUCGUCGUCGUCCAAGAAGCAUCACAAGGUGAAGCUGCCGAGGCCGUCCAAAUCAAUGUUCUUCUUCAAAAAGCAUGAUGAUGACGACAGCCGGUCGGAGCACAGCCGUGAACGCACAGAGCGAACGUCUCACCCAGGUGAUGGACACCAGCUUCGAGCUGCUCGGUCGUUCAACAAACCUGAUCACGGAAUCUUCCACAAGGCGGCCACGUCGAACCAUUUCGACGACUCCAAUAGCAUCCACAGAGCCACGUCUCACUCCACUCUGCCUAGUGGAGAUGAAGACGACACUCUCAUUGCCUUGGCACACAAGGCCAAGAAGAGCUCCAAGAACAUUAUUGGCAAGGUUUUCCAUCACAAGGACAAGAAGAAGAAAAGCCAUACCUUCGAUGGACCUAUCAACCCGUUGGAGUCCCACGCACAACCGUUCAGAAAUGCAUCUGUGGCGUCGGUCCCGGAACCCCAUGCCCCAAAACAACAACCCACAAUGCGUUCAGCAAGCACAGUGUCCCAUCUGGACCCGCACAGAAACUCGUCGACCUCGUCGCGUGACCACAUGGCCUCGUCGUCUCGUGACCAUACGGCUUCCUCGUCGCGAGAGCAGGUGCUCAAUAUGAUCAGCAAGCGACCCUCUCUUGCCAAUGCAAACUUCUACAAUCUCGAUACUGACCUGGACUCCAUGGCUGGCAUUGUCGAGGACGGAGGCGCUUCGAGCUCUGCCAACUCGUCGGCUCUCCCCCGACACGCCUCAACAGGCUCAGCGGCCGCCGACUCCAUUCCCGGUAUGCCUGUUCUGCCCGGAGGCAGCAUCUCUGGGCCCAUGGGUGGCCCCAUGGUGGGCGACCGCUCAUCCGUCAGUACUAACAACAACACCAACAACGCCAACAACGCCAACAACAGCAACCACAACUCUGUGUCUGGCGUCGCAUCUCCAACUCCAGUGGUCAACACUGCUAAUGCAUCCGGCACUACGGCUGCUCCAGUCAUUGGCGUAGGAACCGAUUUGUCAUUCAUUGGAAAUGAUGACACUGCGCCCCAGACGAAUGCAGGCCAAUGGUCUGCGCCAGAAUCUUGGGCAGUCGCCGAUACUGGUCCAGGCGGAGGUUCGAAACUGGAGCCUGAAGAGAUAGUAGAGACUUACGCUGACCCCACCCGUGAGCAGUACGGACUGGAAACCAACGUGAGCACACACAUCCCAGGAAAGCCGCCAAUCAACUACUUUGUCCGUAUUUUCAGACAGGAUGACUCUUUUGGAACCAUUGUGUGUCCCCUGGAAACCACUGUUUCUGAGUUGAUUCAGAUUCUCGGUAAGAAGUUCUUCCUGCCGUCUGUCAAGGGGUACCAGCUGUGUGUUCGCAUUGGCGGUUUGACCCGUGUGCUCGAUCUGCUGGAGAAGCCGCUGCUAUACCAGAAAAUUCUACUCGAGUUCAUGGGAUACACCGAGAAGGAUCGACUGGUUGAAGUUGGAAGAGAAGAUUUGAGUUAUCUGUGCCGAUUCCUUUUCCUGCCCUCUUCCAUCCAGACCUUCACUCCUGAGGAAGAGGCCAUCAUGUCCCGUGAUUAUGUGCAUGCUGAUCUCCAGAACCUAGAGUUGCAGACUAUUCCAAUCAUCUUCUACCAGUUCUCUAACGAGAUUGAGUAUCUGGAUGUCUCCAACAAUCCCAGUAUCAGCAUUCCGCUUGAUUUUAUUCAAUCCUGCAUUAACCUGAAGAAUCUGCGGUUCUCUGGAAACCGAUCGAGGUUCUUUCCGGUCAACAUCUCGCAUGCAGUCUUCCUGGAGUAUCUUGAUAUGAGUCGUAACAUGAUCAAGGACGUGGCUCAGAUUCGGUUUGAGCGAAUGUCUGCAUUGACGACACUGGAUCUCAGCUGCAAUCAGCUGACUCGAAUCAACAACAACGUGGCCUUGUUGAAGCAGUUGCGACGGCUGUCUCUGUCUAACAACAAUGUGACGGACUUCCCCAUGGCCGUUUGCAACCUGUCCAACCUGAUUGAGCUGGAUCUCUCGUUCAACCGACUGUCCAGUGUUCCUGCCAGCAUUUCCAAGCUGGUCAACUUGGAGCGACUGGUGCUGAACAACAACUACAUCAGCAAGCUGCCCAACGACAUCAAGAAUCUGGUGCAACUGAAGGAACUGGAUGUUCGAUACAACCGGCUCAACAACGUUGAUGCUCUAUCAUCUCUGCCUCUUCUGGAAGUGCUCUAUGCUUCCAAGAACCAGAUUACAUCUUACGAGCACAACUUCGAGUCGCUGCAGUGUCUCUACUUUGACAGAAACCCCUUCACCGAGGUCAAUGUGUCCAAUGUCCUUCAUACUUUGACCGUGUUGCAUCUCUCCAAGGCCAAGCUGUCUACACUGCCGGAAAACUUCUUCGAUCGACUUCCUAACCUCGAGAAGCUGGUGCUGGACAAAAACCAUUUCGUAUCUCUGCCCUCUUCUCUUGGUUCUCUGCGAAAGCUGAUCUACCUGUCCGCUGUCGGUAACAAUCUGAGUGUGCUUCCUUCUUCUAUCGGCCAGCUGACCACUCUGCAGUUCCUCGAUCUGCACAGUAACAACUUGCGAAAGCUGCCCGACGAGAUUUGGAACCUCAACGUCCUGUCGACUCUCAACGUGUCAUCCAAUCUGCUCGACUCGUUCCCCAAGCACAAAUUCCACGUGUCCAGUGUGUCCUCAGGCGAUGCUUUCCACCGAAACUUGGAGAGCGAGUUCGACAGCAACUACGAGAUGCGAAUCCGACGUCCUUCGGCCUUCAGCAUCACCUCGACGUUGAGCCCCGGGGAGACCAGCAGACGAGGUAGUCUGGCGUACAACAGCCCCAAGAUGAGUACUUCUCCCAUGACCUUUGCACGUGAUGCUCCUGUGUCGUCUCGUACUACACUCGCCAACUCUCUGUUGAUUCUGUCUCUGGCUGACAACCGGCUCAAUGACGAGUGCUUUGAGGAGCUAUCACUGUUGACUUCGUUGCAGGUGCUCAACUUGAGUUACAACGAGCUGAUGGAUAUUCCCUAUGGAGCCCUCAGACGUCUCAACCGGCUCACAGAGCUGUAUCUGUCUGGAAACAACCUGACAUCUCUUCCCGCUGACGAUUUCGAGAACAUCAAGACUCUUCGAACUCUCCAUGUCAACGGCAACAAGCUGCACUCUCUGCCAGCCGAGCUGGGUAAGAUUCUGCAUCUGACUGUGCUUGAUGUCUCGUCCAACCAGCUCAAGUACAAUAUUUCCAACUGGCCUUAUGACUGGAACUGGAACUGGAAUUUGGAUCUCAAGUACCUCUCUUUCAGCGGCAACAAGCGACUGGAAAUCAAGUCUGCUGCCAACAACCUAAUGCGGCAUGGCGAUGGGACGGAACAGAAGAAUCUUUCUGAUUUCACCGUUCUCUCUCAGCUCCGAGUCCUCGGUCUGAUGGAUGUCACCCUGACCACCCCCUCGGUUCCUGAUCAGACGGAGAACUGUCGAGUUCGUACGUACGGAUCCGAGCUCAACAACAUGCCCUAUGGCAUGGCUGACUCUCUAGGCCAACACGAGAACCUGUCCAUUAUCGACAUGGUUGUGGAGCGUUUCCGGGGCAAUGAGAAUGAGGUUGUUGUUGGUAUGUUUGAUGGACGUAACGAGAUCAACCCUCGGGCCGGCAACAAGGUUGCCAAGUUGCUACAAGAGAUGUUUGGUGCCCUGCUCCAGGAUGAGCUCAAGAAGAUGCGUGACGACGACACCAUUGAAGAUGCUCUCAAGCGGUCUUUCCUGGCUGCCAACAGAGACAUUGGUGCCGCUGCUCUGACCACGGUGGAGUCGCACACUGCUCAUCGAAGUAGUACCACCACGCACCUCAACAAGCAGGAUGGCCUCACCGGCUCCUGUGCCACAGUUUGCUACAUUUCCGACAACAAAUUGUACGUGGCCAACGUUGGUGACUCCAUGUGCAUUCUGUCUAAGGGCACUGGAGAGCAUCGUCUGCUUACCACCCGACACGACCCCACCGAGCCCGAGGAGCUUGGCCGAGUUCGAGCCGGAGGAGGAUUCAUUUCCGCUCACGGUAAGCUGGACGGUGUCUGCGAUGUGUCUCGAGCCUUUGGAUUCUACAAUCUCAUCCCCCACAUCCAGGCUCGGCCCGAUAUCGUGUCAAUGGAGCUCAACGAUUCCGAUGAGCUGCUGAUUAUCGGAUCCAAGCAGCUGUGGGAGGUGAUGAGCUACGAGACGGCCGUCGACAUUGCUCGAACAGAGUCUCAGGACCCCAUGCUUGCUGCGGCUAAGCUGCGAGACUUUGCCAUCUCGUACGGCGCAUCAGACAAGCUCAUGGUGAUGGUGCUGGGUAUUGGAGUGAAGCGACGAACAGCCAACCAAUCCAACCUAAUCUCCGGUCUGCCUCCUGUUGGUGAAGACGAGCUGUUCCAGCCAUACCGAAAACGACGGGACAAGUCUCUUCUUCCUGAGGACUCGAAUCUCGCUCGUCUAGGCUCUGAAGUCGAUCCGCCUGAAGGAGAGAUGGCCAUGGUUUUCACGGAUAUCAAGAACUCCACUCUGCUAUGGGAGACGUAUCCCAUUGCCAUGAGAUCAGCCAUUAAAAUUCAUAACGCGAUCAUGCGACGUCAGCUGCGAAUUCUGCGGGGUUACGAGGUCAAGACGGAAGGAGAUGCAUUCAUGGUGUCAUUCACGACGCCCACAUCUGCUCUCCUGUGGUGUUUCUCUGUCCAGCAGCAGCUUCUGGCCGCUGACUGGCCUGCGGAGAUUCUGGAAUCAGAGGAGGGCUACGAGGUCCGAGAUGACGAAGGAAAUGUUGUUUUCCGAGGUCUGUCUGUUCGAAUGGGUAUUCAUUGGGGUUCUCCUGUAUGUGAGCCUGAUCCCAUUACCCGUCGAAUGGACUACUUUGGUCCCAUGGUCAACCGGGCAGCCCGAGUGUCUGCCGUCGCCGAUGGAGGCCAGAUUACCGUCUCUGCUGACUUCAUUUCCAAGGUCAAGAAGCUUCAGAGUCUGCGGGAAAAGAUGAACGCAGAGAAUAUCUCUCUGGGCGAGGCCUUUAAUGAUGAGAUCACUGGCCAGGCGAUCACCCAGAACUUGGACAUGCUGGACUCUCUUGGAUGGAUUGUCAAGGAGAUUGGAGAGCUCAAACUCAAGGGCCUCGAAAACCCGGAGUUUCUGUCGCUCGUCUACUCUGCCCCUCUGGCUUCUCGUCACGGCAUGCAGGAGGAUCUUCUUCACCCCAAGAAGAAGGCUGGCGGCUUCACUAGUGACCUGCUAUCUCAGGUGCUGGAGAUUGCGCUGCGGCUCGAGCACAUGUGUGCUCGAUUCAAUGGCCAGUCUCGACCCGUGUCUCUCAAGGACAUUCAGCGGCACGCUAUCCAGCACAUUGCCCCUACUCCCGAGUCCGAACUUGGUGUGUACUUUGAGAAUAUUGUCACUCGAAUCGAGAACGCCAUUAUGAUGCUGUGCAUGCGUCACACUGUUGCCCGAGCUGGUGGGUUCGAUCCCAUCAACAUUGACAACGUCAACACCUCGGCUUCUACGCACGGUGUUGAGAUCGGCCAGCUGCUUGACGCCGUUGCCCAGCUCACAGGAAUCCGCUAUGUUCCCGAGGGCCAGCAGUACCAUGAGCGACAGCCUGAGAUGGAGAGCAGCGUCCAGGUGGAGGAAAUCAACUAG